CUUUUCGCCAGGGUCCUCUCCGCAAUUGUGUCGUAACGCAGCAGCUGCUUGCUUCUUCGUCUUGGCUAGGGUUUCGAUUCCGAGCAGAGGAGAGGAGGAGGAGGUGAGAGAUGACGACGGCGGCGCGGCCGACGUGGGCGCCGGCUAAGGGCGGUAACGAGCAGGGGGGCACCCGCAUCUUCGGCCCUUCCCAGAAGUUCUCCUCCCGCGACCUCGCCGCCCACACCUCCCUCAAGCCCAGAAAAGAGGGCCAGCAGACCCAAGAUGAGCUACAGAAGAGGAACCUCAGGGAGGAGCUUGAGGAUCGUGAACGCAAGCACUACUCUUCCAAGGAUAAGUCCUAUGCUGAAGAGAGAGAUCAGCGGAAAAGUUCAAGUCAGCUACUCUUAGAAGGUUCAAAGAGAGAGGCUGAGGAUAAGAUAGUUCCACGAGAAAUUGAUGCAGAUGACUCCGACUUGGAGCCUAAAAGUGAUGAUGAAAGUGAUGAAGAUGACGACGACGAUGAUGACACUGAAGCUCUGAUGGCUGAGCUUGAGAGGAUCAAGAAGGAAAGAGCCGAGGAGAAGUUUAGAAAGGAGCGUCAACAAGCGGAAGAGGAGGCCAAGAUGAAGGAGGCUGAACUGAUGCGAGGAAACCCAUUGAUCAAUGUUAACAAUCCUGGCUCCUUCAGUAUUAAGAGAAGGUGGGAUGAUGAUGUCGUGUUCAAGAACCAGGCACGUGGAGAGGCUAAGACUCCAAAACGGUUCAUUAACGACACCAUCAGAAGUGAUUUCCACCGCAAGUUUCUGCAGAGGUACAUGAAAUGAUGCUGCUGUGACACGCUGUAUGUGGCCUGGCAGCGUAUGCCGUGGCUUCCUGGGUUGAGCUUGCUGAUGUUUCUGUAUGAGUGGAAGACCAGUCUGUAAUCUGUAUGUGACAUGACUAUAACAUCUGAAUUAUUUCUAUGAUACUUUUACCCCGUUCCAGAAAAAAAAUCAGUGUGCUUUGUAUAA